AUCCAGCUAAUACUCUAAACGCACGCAAUACUUAGGAAGCAGCUACAUGAAUUAUUUACUUGUCGAAUGCUAAUAUCAGCGUUAUUGUAAAGCCUGAUGAACGCUUCUCUAAAGGGAUUGUAUGACUAAAAGUAUAUUUUGAGAAAAAGAUUUACGGUUGCAUUCGAAUUGUUCGAACGAAAUCGAAUUUGAAGUGAACGCAAAACGUUGUAUAUUGAAAAAGAAAGACUACCUAUACUGAGAUUUCAACAAAUUUGUUUCAGUAAUUUUAUUUUAAAGUUAAUUCACUGGUCUCUGUGACAUACUAAUUCUUACAUCUUUUGGCUAUUUUAAUAUUCGUUCUUUAGGGAUUGCGAACGAGUCUUUGAAAUUGUGGGAGUAAUUGUUUGUAUUUUCUUCUGACGCUUCGUCUUUUCUAAGUACAGACUGAUUAGUUGUCAACUCUAGACAUUUAUGUCCAUAACUUAACACAUGACUUCUCGAAAGCGUUUUAAAGUAACUUAUGUAUUGGAUUCAGAUGAAGACAAGUUAGGACAUCGCUUAAAUGUGAAUUGCCUUGCACUCGGGCGCUGCUUUUCAAAUAAAGGCUCUGCGCCCGUCAGCAGCGCACUUUAUAGUGGUGGCCGGGACGGGCAAUUGUUUCGUUGGGAGGUUGGUCUUGACUAUGCUAAGAAGCCGACACCUUUGUCUUCAAUUCAAGCCCACUCUUCGUGGAUCAAUGACAUCGCUGUCACAUCGAAUUCUCAAGGUGUUAUAUCAUGCUCUUCCGAUUUAACAGUAAAGCUUUGGAAGCCUCAUGAGUCUGGCCCUUCGUCUUUGACUACAAUUGGUGAACACAGCGAUUAUGUGAAGCGUCUUAGUCUACCCAAGGACUGUACUAGCCCAUGGGUGGUUUCAGGUGGUCUUGAUAGCCGCGUGAUUGUUUGGGAUUACAAUGUCGGACAAGAAGCAAUGCGUUUCGAGCAACCUCCCAAUUGUUCUAUCAGCGUCGGUCCUCGAAGUGGUGUAUAUUCGUUAGCUGCGAAUAAUAACAUUAUUGCUAAUGGUGGCAUCCAGAAGGAUAUACAACUUUGGGACUGUAUCUCUAAAAAAAGGAUAACUGAUUUGAUUGGUCAUACGGAUACGGUUAGAGACAUUUUAAUAAGUGAAGAUGGAAGAACCAUCCUUACAGCCUCCUCUGAUGCUACAAUCAAACUUUGGUCUUUAAGGGCACAGAAGUGUUUAUUUUCAUUUUUGGCGCAUUCUGAGAGUGUUUGGUCUUUGUAUUCCGAACAUCCUGACCUCAAGGUGUUUUAUGCCGGCGACCGUUCAGGGCUGAUCACUCGUACUGAUAUUAGAGACACUCGCAAUAAUCAGAGCUGUGUUUCGAUUUGUAAACAGGAUUCUCCUGUCUCUGAUUUAAUUGCUCGUCAAUCUUUCAUAUGGAGUACAGCUUCCAAUAGUUGCAUUCAUCAAUGGAAAGAUAAGUGUUCUUUAUAUGAUAGCUCGACUCCUACUGCAAAAAGUUCUACUUCUCUCCUCUCUCCUUUGGUACAUACUAAUUCAAGAAAUUCCGUUGAAACGCGAUCUGGUGAAUGUCCAACUCUGUAUCACGACGACGCAGAGGAUAUAUAUCACGAUUUGCAAUUUGCUGAAACGCAUACUUCUUUAAAUGUUAAUAAAAAUCCUGAAUAUACAAUCACAGGUGGGCUUGGUAUAGAGAAAUGUCGGUUGUUAAGUGACCGACGGCGAGUUCUUACUGAGGAUUCAGCUGGGAAAAUCUGUCUUUGGGAUAUAAUUACCUGUAAAAAGAUUGAGGAUUUGGAUACUAAUGAUAAUUUCGACGAAGUUGCUCAGUCUCUGGAUACCUUAGAGACGUUACCCAGAUGGGCUUCUGUAAAUUGCCUUUUGGGAAUUCUUGCCGUAACACUUGACGAGAAUCAUUACAUGGAUACGGAAGUUUACGCAGAUGAAUGCUUGCAGAUGAAUUCAAAUGAGAUUAUUGAUAAACGUGUUAAUUUGGGCGUCUGGCUUUUAAAAAACCUUUUUUAUCCUUUUAUUGAUGCUGAACUUAGACGGGAUGCUGGAUUCAGAAAAAAUGUUGAAACUAUAAGAGCAAAUGUGCAAAGGCAUUCGGAAUCUGCGCAAAGAGAGAAAAACAGAAAUUCUCUUACUAUGCCCGUUGCACUUUCACCUUUGAAAUUACGACCUCGUCCUUCUUCAAUGUUCUUUCCAAACGAACCAUUAACUCCUGCUAGUCCUCAGUUCUCCCCUACGGCCUUUCCUGUGGAUCAGUAUAGUGAUAAUCAGCCUCAAUCUCCUUUCCAUCCCUCUUCACAUAAUCCGAUAUAUACGUCUGCUGAGACUGAAAGUUUGAUGAAUGCUCCCGAUUACUUCUCAAUACCUACAAACAAACCACAGGCUGAAUCUGUCAUUGUAAAAACGAAAGAAAUUGGCUCUCCCAAGCGUGAAGGGUCUUUCAUGGGACGUUUGAAAAAGUUUGGCAAGUCGAAGUCUUCAAGGAACCUUCCUUUAGGUACUCCCAAAUCACCAACUGAACGAUUGCCCUUCAACAAAUCCAUAAACCUAAACCCAUCUCUUAAUUCCGCUUCAUCUCAAGUUAAUUCAGAAAUGAAAAAUGUCAGUAAUGCACUCAACUCAGGCUCCUCUACGUCAAACGCAAAUCCUUCAACUACCCUCGUUCAUGAACAAAAACCUAUGAGGACAGUUGGCGAUUUAAUUGAGAGCUUACAUGAGAAGUAUGUUAACAUGAAGCCCGAGGAGAACAUUCUUACAUCCUUAAAGCAACCUUUUUCUGAUUUCACACCCCAAUUGGAUUUUUCAAAACAGAUAACAGUUAUUAUCAGCGAAGAAUCCCGUGAUGCAGGAAGUUCAAAAGAUAUUUUUCGAUCUACCAUAGGCAAUAUGGAAAAUGACAUUGAUGUUUUGGAGAAAGUGAUGCCUUAUUGGCUAGGAAAACUCCUUUUAAUGAACGAUUUUCCUUCAAAAAAUAGCCCGACCGUUGGCUUUUCUAUCCAGCCAAAUCCAAACUCAAAAUUACCAUCAAUCAUAAGUGGAACAACUCGUUUAAGUGCUAAUGCCAUGCUUCGUGUUCAAAAGAUUUUGGAUUAUACGCAGGGCAAGAUCAGUCAGCUUGUUCCGAACAUGAAUGGUCAGUUAGAAAUUCGUUGUAAGGACAUUGUCCUUACUCCUAAAAUGACACUGGCAACUGUUAAGACAAGGAUUUGGCGUUCGGGAGAGGAUGUCCUCUUUCAAUACAAUACUAAAUCUGAUUCUGAUUCUGUUGAUGAAGUUGUCGAAGGAACUCAAGAGUUGGACAUUACAAGCUAGUAUUCCAUUAUGACGAAUUGUGUGUAAAUCAUUUUUUUAUGUUCUAAUGUUUUGAAUUGAUUUGUUUUUAAAUUCUAUUUAGCAUUGCUGAGACAUGUUUUGCUAAUUAAAUUACCAAGUACUUCUACUAUUUAUAUAAACACCGUUCUUCGUAGCUUGUUUUCUUCCAUAUUUCAAAAGCAAAGCUUCCACUUUGCUUUUAUCUACCGCUAAAGUUUCAACAAACGGCCAUAUUUCAUCAUAUCGCCAUUUGGAUUUAAUGUCGAAUAAAACCUGGAAACAGCGAGUAGGGUCUCGGGGUAGUUGAGAGGAAGAAAAAUAUUGUAUUGUGUUGGUACCAGAAUAAAAAUAGAAUCCCUAAAUCGUUAGCUAUAGGAAAAAAAAAGCUCUAAUACCUUUAGCAUAUCUAGUGACACGAAUUCUCUGCAAUUCUCAGGAAGUUUUUCCUCCCACUUUAGUAAAAACUGAGAAAUCUCCAUGAUGAUAGCAUCUUCUAAUAGAAAGCGACCUAUCCAAAAGCAAACCAGGCUUUUGUCAAUGGCGACAAUGUCCAAUUCGCUCAAAAAAGGACUUUUUGAAAUACUCCACACAAUUGAAUAGAGAGCAUCGAUAUCAACUUCAUCUUCCUUAGCUAUUUCUUUUAUUUUUUUAACAUCAAUAGCGGAAAAGUCUGCUCGAAGUUGUUGAAUUACAGCGAACAUCCAAUCCAUUAGUGUCAUGAUAUAAGAAGGUGACAUUCUGUAAAGAGUAUUAUUCUUCAGAAUAGUAAAAUUUAAUCCUAGAAAAGUUCUAAUCUCAUUUUCACUGGCUGGUACUUGGCUUAUAAAGUCUUGAAGGGAUAUAGAUGAAGGAACCUGCUAACCGAUAAUUAGUUUAUAUCUGUUCACUCUUUUUUACCUUCUCAGAAUCAUCUUCAUUCCAAUAGGAAAUCUUGUCUUCAAUUAUGAUGGACCCAAAAAUCUGUUCGAGUUCCAAGUAGCUAUGCUUUGAAUCUCGCAAAGUCAAUUCCGAGGGAUGAAAAGACUGAAAGAGCAAUAAAGAAUUAGACUGAAUUAGCUGGCGAACAGAAUAAGUAGUAUUACGCGUGCACAUGACCGAAGACUUUGAAUCUAAUCCUGCUUUAAAGACUAUCCUACAAUAACUGUCAGCAGGCAAGCAUAAUUACAACCCCCGUUAUGUUACCAAAGAAGGGGAAUUUCUUCUAUUUUCCGUACUGUUCAUCAGGAUUAUGUUCUAUUAAAUUUUGUAGCUCCUUGUCUAGUUCAACAAGUAAGAACUCUGGCUCGUCUUCAUGAUCUGAAAACUUUAACGAUAUCCUCUGUAUUUUUGAAUCUUCUUGCAUUCCAGGUAUAAAAAUAAAUUAAACCUCAAUUAAUAAC